AUGGCCUGGAGAUUGGGUGCCCUAGCAACAGGUGACCGGGAGGCUCAGCCCAGCUUGGACGUCAGCCGGUUCUGGCCAGGACAGCAGGGAGAGGGAAUCGGACGUGUGUCAGGCACGCAGCCGCGGGCCGGGACCUGGCCCCGAGCCCAGAGGAGCUCCCAGCGCCCUGCACCCUACAGAGGAUGUAGAGUCUCCCAGACCAUGGGUGAAGUACAGAAGGGGUUGCUCGCUGUCAUCCAAAAGCUCAAGGGCUCCGUGGAGCAGGAACUGCGGAUUGUCCUGCUGGGGCUGGACAAUGCCGGAAAAACCACGCUGCUGAAGUGCCUGGCAUCGGAGGAGGUCAGCACCAUCACCCCCACGCAGGGGUUCAACAUAAAAAGUGUGCACUCACACGGCUUCAAGCUGAAUGUCUGGGACAUCGGUGGGCAGCGUGCCAUCCGCCCCUACUGGAAGAAGUACCUGGGCAACACAGACAUGCUGAUUUAUGUCAUUGACAGCGCUGACAAGAAACGCUUUGAGGAGACCGGGCAGGAGCUGGCGGAGCUGAUCGAGGACGAGAGUCUCACCGGUGUCCCUUUGCUGGUGUUUGCCAACAAGCAGGAUCUGGCAAGUGCAGCACCAGCUGCAGAGAUCGCAGAGGGACUGAACCUACCUACGUACCGGGACCGCCAAUGGCAAAUCCAGGCCUGCUCAGCCCUGUCUGGAGAAGGAGUCCAGGAUGGGAUGAACUGGAUUUGCAGCCAGAUCACAAGCCGGAAGAAGUGA